AUGAGUCAACCUAGCAUAUUGGACCGACUUUCGGCGCUCGACACCAAUACAGUGUCCGAUGCCUUGGAUUUUUUAGGCCUUCAAGGAGCCACAUACGGCCUGCGGCCACUCUGGGACUGUCCGAAGAUUGUUGGACGCGCAAGCACAGUGAAAGUGGGCCCAAAGACUGAUGCUGCUCCCACGGCCCAUCUUCUCACCCCAGUCAUAGAUGCGGUAAAGACGGAUGAUCGCAUUCUCGUCGUCUCCGGAGGCAUAGAUGGCAUCUCGUGCUGGGGUGAUAUUCUCGCCAAUGCCUCGAAAGCGAAACGCAUCCGUGGAACCAUUAUCGAUGGCAUGAGUCGUGACAUCGACGGCAGCCGUGAGGUCGGCUAUCCCGUUUACGGUCGUGGCGUGACUAUGAUCAGCGCGCGCAAUCGACUGGUGCAAGUUGAUUCCGGUACACCGCUGCAGAUACGCGGCAUCAUGGUCAACCAAGACGACUAUGUUAUCGCCGAUAGAUGUGGGACAGUGUUCGUCCCGGCGAAGCGCAUUGAAGAGGUCCUGGAAUUGGGCGAGCAGAUCGACCGUCGCCAGAGCCUUAUGAUCCAGGCCGUUCGAGCCGGUCAACCUGUGUCAGAGGUCAUGCAUGACACGCAAUUUGAAGCCAUCCGCGAGAGUACACCGUCAUUAACAGUCGCAACACCCGCGCGAUCUUCCACUCGAAAUCCCAAGAAAGCUAGUGCCGAGGAUCAAGAGUUGGUAGCGCUGUUCGCCGAUUCAGACACCCCUGGGGUCUCUGACGCGCUUGAUAAGCUUGGGAUUCCGGGACAGGCGUUCGGUAUUAUGCCUUUGACAGACUACAAAAAGGUCACCGUCGGGCCGGCUUUCACUGUUCGUUAUGUACCCGCCAGCGAGCCGCCAGGAAGCGUUGGCGAUUUCAUCGACGACGUUGCCAUCGGCGAUGUGGUAGUCAUCGACAACGGUGGUCGCACCGAUUGUACUGUUUGGGGCGACAUAAUGACUCAGUACGCCGGCAUACGAGGCGUUGCUGGAGCUGUUAUCGACGGUGUGUGCCGCGAUGUGAACCGUGCGAUCGAAGAUGACUACCCGCUUUUCACCGCUGGACGUUGGAUGCGAACCGGCAAGGACCGGGUUCAAGUGGGAGGGGUCAACGAGUCGAUCGGCAUCGGCAAGGUACGUGUCAACCCUCGCGAUAUCGUUGUUGCCGAUGCAAACGGUGUCGUUAUUGUUCCGCGCGAUCGAGCGCGUGAGGUGGCCGAAAUCGCACGAAGGAUCGAGCAAAGUGAAGCCGGCAUCCGAGAAAUGAUCGCUGGCGGAGCCACAAUCUCAGAGGCGCGAGAGAAACUCGGUUAUCACACGCUGCAGCGUAAGGGAUAA